CUCACACCCAUCUAUCCCACUUCAUCCAUAUACUGGUUUCUUUGGUCUUCAUCAAUCUACUUACUCCAUCGGCAAAGUAACUGAAGCACCCCCUUUUCUUACCCACGACGAACAACCAUGAUUACUGGUAAAGAUAUUUACGAUGUCCUUGCGGCCAUAAUACCACUGUACGUGGCCAUGAUCCUGGCCUACGGCUCCGUCCGUUGGUGGAAGAUCUUCACCCCGGACCAGUGCUCAGGCAUCAACCGCUUCGUGGCCGUCUUCGCCGUCCCGCUGCUCGGCUUCCACUUCAUCUCCACCAACGACAUCUACGCCAUGAACUACCACUUCAUCGCCGCGGAUUCGCUGCAGAAGGUGGUGAUCUUGGGCGCGCUGUUCGCGUGGCAAGCGCUGAGCGGGAAGGGGAGCCUGGAGUGGAUGAUCACGCUCUUCUCGCUCUCCACGCUCCCUAAUACCUUGGUGAUGGGGAUCCCGUUGCUGAGGGCCAUGUACGGGGACUUCUCCGGGAACUUGAUGGUCCAAAUCGUGGUUAUGCAGAGCGUGGUGUGGUAUACCCUCAUGCUCUUCAUGUUCGAGUACCGAGCCGCGAAGUUGCUGAUUGGGGAGCAGUUCCCCGAGACGGCCGCGUCGAUCACGUCCUUCCGCGUGGAGUCGGACGUGGUGUCGCUGAACGGGCGGGAGCCGCUGCAGACCGAGGCGGAGGUCGGCGAGGACGGGAAGCUCCACGUGGUGGUUCGACGCUCGUCCGCGGCUUCGUCCGUGAUCUCGGCCUACAAUAAAGGGUUCCAGUCGACUAAUAUGACCCCCAGGGCGUCCAACCUCACGGGCGUGGAGAUCUACUCGGUCCAGUCCUCCCGGGAGCCCACCCCGCGGGCCUCCAGUUUCAACCAGACGGAUUUCUACGCUAUGUUCGCUAGCAAGGCGGGGAGCCCCAAGCACGGCUACACUUCCAGCUUUGGAGGCGACGUUUUCUCGCUGCAAUCCUCCAAGGGCCCCACGCCCAGGACGUCCAAUUUCGAAGACGAGAUGCUUAAGAUUGGGAAGAAUAAGAAGGGCGGUGCUGGAGGAGGAGGAAGGAGCAUGAGCGGGGAGUUAUACAACGGCGGCGGCGGCAGCGCAUAUCCGCCGCCGAAUCCCAUGUUUUCCGGCCACCGGAGAAAGGAAAGCGGAGCCACAGGCGGCGUUGUUCCUGUUCCUACCAAUAACUAUAAUUAUAAUAAUAAUAAUAAUAAUAAUAUAAACACUGCCACUAGCGGGAACUCUAAAGAGCUUCACAUGUUUGUAUGGAGCUCAAGCGCAUCCCCAGUGUCAGAAGGCAAUCUGAGGCCGCAUGGAGGAGGAGGAGUUAACAGAGCUGCUUCAACCGAGCUUGGAGUACUCGAUGCUUCCAAGGCUGUUCUCCAGCAAGAGAUAGCUGCAUCUAGAGGAAAAUUGAACGGCGGAGAUAGGGAUAUUGAAGUGGAAGAGGGUGUGAAAAGGUCAGCAAACGCGUCGCCAUUGGCAGGAGGAGCAAAAAAGAUAGAAAUGGAAGAAGGUGAGAAAAAGCAGCAAAUGCCACCGGCAAGUGUAAUGACAAGGCUCAUUCUCAUCAUGGUUUGGAGGAAGCUCAUAAGAAACCCUAACACCUAUUCAAGCCUUUUUGGCUUAAUUUGGUCUCUCAUCUCUUUUAGAUGGAACAUUCAAAUGCCUUCAAUCGUGAAAGGAUCAAUCUCAAUUCUGUCAGAUGCUGGUCUCGGAAUGGCAAUGUUCAGUUUAGGUUUAUUCAUGGCUUUGCAGCCAAAGAUCAUAGCUUGUGGAAAAUCUGUGGCCACAUUUUCCAUGGCUGUUAGGUUCUUAACAGGCCCAGCAGUCAUUGCUGCAACCUCCAUUGCAAUCGGUCUUCGUGGCGUUCUGCUCCACGUAGCAAUUGUUCAGGCUGCUCUUCCCCAAGGAAUUGUUCCCUUCGUGUUUGCUAAAGAAUAUAACGUCCACCCUGACAUAUUAAGCACUGCGGUUAUAUUUGGGAUGCUGAUUGCCUUGCCCAUUACAAUACUGUAUUAUGUACUUCUUGGUCUAUAAGCUUUAUUUUCUCUUUUAAAAAUGGGGAAAUUAAAGAUUGAUGAAUUCCAAGAACCAGCUUUCUG